AUGAUAGUAGGUACCAGUAUAUUUGCAAUGUUAUUAAGUAUUUUUAACUUUACAAUGAUAAGUUGUUCUCAAGAACAAGAAGGAGAUGCUGUGAAGUCAAGUCAAGUUAAUACAGAUACAACUGUUCAGGGUGGUGGAGAUGCUUCUGUGGAAGUUGAUAAUGAUGAUGUGGAGAAAGGAGUUACUCCUGAGCAAGGGAAAACUAAAGAUGAAAAUUUAAAAGUAAACCCUCCUGUGUGA